AUGUUUCAACGCUCGCUCAAAGUGCAGCUCCUCAGAAAUGCGACUGGCUCCCCGGGGAAGAGAGCGGCCGCAGGCGUCCGGAAUGCGCUCAUCACUCGACGCCAUAACGCGACUGUGGCUGCCGCGUCUGAGGACGCGACGGAGCAGUCCAACGAACGAAACGAGGGAUGGCUGUUCGUUGACUCCGUCUUCCCCUAUCGGCUAGGAGCCUGGGACAUACGGCGCUAUGUGAGCUACUUCCGAAGAGAACCCCUCAUCGACGAGCUCCACUCGCUCUUUGCCAACGUGACAGACUACGGCUUCAAGGUCGUCGCCGUAGAGCCCCACGAGAAGGACGGUGGUGUCUUCGUCAAGUUCUCCUACGAUGCAACAGCCGAGGGUGACCAGAAGGAUCUAAUGGAGAAGCUGGGGGGAUUGGCUGCCAAGCACGGUGGAGUCCCGUCAUGGUUUGGUGUAUCGCGUGGGGAUGUUUGGCUCGUGAAGGGCAGACCAUGGCGAGAGGACAUGAACCGCUUCCCAUCCAACAUCCUCCGCGUCUCCUUCGAGGGCCCGGACGUCCCCGAAGAGUCCCUCUACGACCUCCUCCGCCCCUCUCCUCCGCCCGUCGCGGGUGGCCUCCGCUACUCGACCGUGACCUUCAGCCGCCUGCGUUCCGCUGCAAUCGCCCAUAAUGCGAUUCACGGGUUGGCGGUGCAGCCGUCGUCUGCGUCUGCGACGGCGAAGACGAUACUGAGGACGACGUACCAGGCGCCGGUGCAGGCGCACGCUGUGCGCGAUUAUGUGACGAGCCACCCGAGGAUAUUCUUGCCGGUGCUGUUCUUCGUGCUGGGGACGUUGACGUAUACGAUCUUCGACCCCAUUCGAGUACUGAUGGUUGAGGGUACGCUCGAGGGCUGGUUUGACAUCACAAAAUUCCAGGCGUACCAAUGGCUCCGAAAUACCGCCCUGCCGAAGUUCUCUCUGUCGCUUGCUGCCACAGACGGCGAAACGACACGGGCUCAUGCCCAAGGCGUGUGGAAGGAGCGCAAGGACGCGGAGAGUGCUGUGGAGAGGUACCUCAACGACAUGCCGGGCACGGUGGCCUUUAUCUAUGGCCCUCAGGGGAGCGGCAAGACAAGCAUGAUCUCGGGCUUGCUCAAGCAGUCGGGCAGGAUAGCACUGGUGAUCGACGUAUCAGAGCUGUCGAAGGCUUCGUCCGACGCGGCCCUCCUCUCCUCGCUCGCCCGGCAGACCGGCUACUGGCCCGUCUUCUCCGUCUUCAACUCGCUCAACAACCUCAUCGACCUCGCCAGCGUCGGGGUGAUCGGGCAGAAGGCCGGCCUGAGCACCUCAUUCACCGACCAGCUGAAGCAGAUCCUCGAGGUCGUCGGCACGGGCCUCGGGCGCGUGAACACGACGCACCGGCGGCAGCACGACCGCGCCGUGCAGAACGCGCAGCUCGCCGCUGUGCGCCGCGAGGAGGAGGCACGCGUGCGGGAGCGCAUCCGCGCGGGCGCGUGGCACGACGGGCGCGUGGACUGCAUCGCGGGGAACGGCGUGAUGAGCGAGUUGGGCGUGGGCGACGAGGUGUUCGAUCGCGAGGAGGAGGGGCUGCACGUCGUCAGCGCGGUGUCGCGGGGCGAUGGCGAGAAGGAGGGAAAGAUGGCGGAGAAGCGCGAGGAAAGCAGGGAGAGGGAGGACGUGCAGAGGCGGGAGCGGAGCGCGGGGGACGUGGAGGUGAUUGAGGCGAUGCCGAUUGUGAUCAUAAAGGGAUUCGAGAGUAAGGGCGGGGGCGCGAGUAAGGAGGAGAUGUUGGAUGUGCUCUCGAGGUGGGCGGCGAGUCUGGCACAGAACCAGGUCGCGCACGUCGUCGUGGUGAGCGAGAACCGCGAGAAUGCAAAGAGGCUGACAAAGGCUCUCCCGUCUCAACCACUGAACGUCAUCGCCUUGUCCGACGCCGACAGCCCGAGUGCGCUCUCGUUCGUCAAGCAGAAGCUACAGGACAGCGGCGUCGACGUCACCUUCAACAAAGAGCAAGUCUCGCAUAUCCAGCGGCUAGGCGGGCGCGCCAGCGACCUCGAGAGCCUCACCCACAAAGUGCGCAACGGGCAGAGCGUACAGGAUGCGGUGGAGGACAUCAUCACGCGGGGCGUCAGCGAGAUCCGCAAGAACGCGUUUGGUGAGGACCUCGAGGACGCGAAGAACCUGCCGUGGUCGCGCGAGCAGGCGUGGGCGUUAAUGAAGAAGCUGUCGCAAAAGCCGGAGAUCUCGUACCACGACGUACUGAUGGACUUCCCGUUCAAGAACGACGAGACGGCUUUGAGGCAUAUGGAGCAUGCCGAGCUGAUCGCUAUUGGCACGGAGAAUGCUCGGCCAUCCACUAUCAAACCAGGUAAGCCGGUAUACAAGUAUGUCUUCGAGCGACUCGUGCAAGACCCCAUCUUCCGUGCAACGCAAGAUAUCGCCUUCAACGAGCGAGUCAUCGCUGCCUCAGAAAGCACCGUGAAGUCAUGCGAGCAAGAGCUUCUGACGUUGAAGGACGUCGAUGCUGGUACUGCAGACUGGAUGGGCUCACGGACAGCUGUGCGCGACCGUAUGAACUACCUGCUGAAGAAGAUGCGGUUAGCGGGUGACAAGAUCGAGAUGCUCGAGAAGCAGAACGCCAUCCUCCGGAAGGUGCUCUCCAAAUGAGGUCUCCAUUGUGCAUUCCCUUGUUGUAAUUAUGUUACGUCGCUUUCGCAGUCCACACAGUUACCCCACCACUCUUUCCAAUAACACAACAUGGAUGGUAUUGCUAUCGUUCAACAUACGCCUACGCCAAUAUACUAACAGUGUGAAAUAUAAUACGCAAUGCAGACCGUCAGCCCUGUGGAUAUGUACCCUACCUAUCUACCUAUGAACAUGUUGGAUGUGCGAGCCUUCAGCCCUACCGAGAUGUGAGUAAUGCCAAUGUUCUACCUACCUAUAAUGCGGAUAAUGCGAUGCGAUGAUGUGUACGUAUGGCCUUCAGCCUGUGACAAUCGGAUCCGACAGAGCAACUG